AUGCGUUGGUCACAAUUAAUGAACGCAAACGCACUGCGGGCGUACUUUAGCGCAAAAGGGGAAGAAACUGGAUGUUUGGCAUAUUGGGCUCGGAUGAAUCGCUUUUUUGCAGAACUGGAUCCAUCUCUAUCCGUCACUGAGCAUAACCUGACAGACCGAGUUCGGUACAUCCUGCACUCUAACAUAUUUGGUGACGCCGAACUCGAAAGUCUACGACGUGAGGCUGUACCCUCAUCGAAUGGAAAUGCUACGGCUGGGAAUGCGGCGCCACUAGAUGCGCAGCAAACUGCAUAUGUGGAUGCUGCCGUCAAUAUUCCAUUUGUGGUUAAUUCAGACGAUGCUGGAAUAGUCUCCCAUGAACUAAAGAAAAUGAGGAGCAUUUUGGAAGAGUCGAUGCUGGAAACGCGCAGCACGCCUCUCGAAAAUCGACCGCGACUUUCCCGCAUACCCCUUAGCAAGCAAAAUCGGGCUGUCGUGCGGGCUCUUAACCCAAUGCUGGUGACCUAUUUUAAAGCUAGCUGGGAACUUUGCGAGACGGACUCAAUUCAUUUUGGCGCCGCACUAGCAGUAUGCCGUAUUAUUGGCGCAAACUUCCCAUGGCUGGACGUGCUACUCAACAAAGUAGUGCCAUCCCAGACUAGAGAAAAAGAAUCGAGGACCGUAUCACAAAGGCAAGGGCCCUUAUUGGCUGACUGA